ACGGCAGCGGCAGCGGCAGCGAGAGAAGCAGUGAGGUGGCGGAGGCGGCCGGGAAGAAGGAGGGAGGGAUACGGAAAGAACAGUGAUUCACCCUGAAGAACUGCACCCAUGGCUUCUAGCCUCAGGUUCUUAACUGCUAUGAUAUGAAGAGGAGCCAGCUGGAAAGAAAGCAUCAGCUGCACAAGGGAAAGCAGAUCCCAGGUUCUUUGCCAUCUACCUAACAGGACUAUCCCAAGAACAGUGGAAAGAAAGAGUUUCUCGGUGCUGGCUGGGCCUAGAACCGAUGGCAGACAAUGUCUACGACUAACAACAUAGCCCAGGCCAGGAAGCUGGUUGAGCAGCUGCGCAUUGAGGCUGGCAUCGAGAGGAUAAAGGUCUCCAAAGCAUCCUCCGAGUUAAUGAAUUAUUGCGAGCAGCAAGCCAGGAACGACCCUCUGCUGGUUGGCGUUCCUGCCUCUGAGAACCCCUUCAAGGACAAGAAGCCGUGCACCAUCCUAUAGCUUGGCCCUCGCCUGCAUGUUCGCCCUCUCUCUCUCUCUGUCUCUCUCUCAGGCAAGGCGCCGGCCUGCACCGAUCUAAAGCCGAGUCAAGCAAAUUUUCAGUACUGCGCAGAGGGGUAAGGACUGAGAGCUCUCAGGCUUAGCCGGCAGGCCACGAAACCUCUCCUUAAAAACAAAAUUUAAGAAGCGCUCGCAAAUCCGAGGUCCAUCUCUGAUCCCGGGAAGGGUUCCCAUUUUAAAAACAAAGCGGUGUCCUGGUUACAGGGAGGGAAGGGGGCAUCUGUUCUUUACUAUAGCGCCAAUGUUUGGAAAGAUGGGGCCAAGCCUGGAUUCACAUCCACUGAUUUUGCUUUGACCUGGCCCCCCCGUCUUAAGGGACGAGACCAGAGUCAGGCACACGUGCGUGCGCGUGUACGUUUUAUUGUAUAAAACGAAUGUUUCCAAACGACUGAAUACCGAAUGUGUGCCCGGGGAGGGGGGUGGAAACUUAGGGAGAUGGGGCACGUAUGCAGGAGCCAUAUUCUAAGGGGGUCGUUGUAUGAAAAUCAUGAAACUUUCUGUCCGUUCCCAGAUGUGCCGCAUGGCUGGGAAGCACCUUGUGACUGUACAGUGUCUGCAAGCAGCAGGGAUAAAGGCUGCGUCCUUGCAACGGUGUGGGGGGGAAUUGGCCAGUGACCUGUUCUGUGAUAAACCCAUUAUCCUCAUGGGAGAGAGGAUCCAGUUUCAAGAAGCAAAAAGCGAUAGGAAAUAGGGUCCUUCAUUUGCCAUCAAAUCACCCUUGGGGAACUCGGCGCUCCUUUUUCCUGCCCCUCGCUAAAGCGCUGCUGGCUUCCUUCCCUCUUCUCCCCUGCCAAAUGGAUGGUGCAGGCAAUGCACUCCCGCAGAGGCCCCCCCCCCAUUUUAAUUUUCCUCCCUUGUCCUAGCAGCUCCCUCCCAUCGUAAAAGCCCUUCCUUCAUCCCAUCGACCUGUGUGGAGCUGAAUCCCGAAGGCCCGCAGUGUGCGUUUUCAUGCAGCAUUCGGCAAUUCGAAGUUUUCCUUUCCAAGGAAAGGCAUAACCUAAACCUGCAUGCGCUAGCAGAUCUUAGAGAAGAAAAGAGGGCGGUAGAGAAGGGAAGAUUCUUGGCCAGUCCUCUCCUAUACAAUGGAAGCAACCUGACCUCUCUGGUGAAGUCCAGCAGCUUUGAAGGUCCUCUAUGUUUAUGGAUGUGAGGAGCCCGUCACAGCCCAUCUCGGGGUGGCGCAGAUGGCCUUGUUUGCAGGGGCCCCCCUUGCUGCUCACUAGCUUGUGAGCAACAGGCCUCCCUUCACUGUCUUUUCCCUGCACCGGCAAGACGAGCCCGCGUUUUUUCACCAUCCCACCUAAGAUCGGUGCUCCGGCUAGUGGCCAGGUGACAGACCCCCUGAGUCGAGAGACUCCUGAGCCGGCCUCCUCAUUAACCAAAUGCACAUUUUCAAACUGGGAUAGGGCCCCAGUGAGCAAAAGUCAAGGGGGGGAUCGCUCCUGUAGUAAUUCACGUGACGUCCUAGGUGGCGUGCAGUCAGCAAAGGGUGCUGUUCCGCUUCGGGUCUCACGUGGGCAGGGAGGGAGGGUGACUGCAGAACCUCCACCUGCCUUCCCGGACCCUCUUUGGCUCUGUUCUCCAUUUGAUGUCUGUAGCCGGGCAUCUUGAGAGGAUGCUUCUCAGUCCCUGCUUUGGCCAGGCUAAGCCAGCAGAAUGAGCUGAGCCAUCAACCCUGAUGUCCUAAUGGCGGCACGAGAGGUGAGGGAGGGGUCGUUGGAAAUAGGAACACCUCAAGCCCAUCUCCAGGCGUGUGCAGGGUCCACGCUACCGAGCCCUCAAAGGCUAAGUUUGGCGAGCAAGGGCAAGGCUCACCUCAGCUGGAAGUGCCAGAGAAUCCGCCUCCUCCAGUCCUCUCCUGACUCAGACCUGUCCCCAGGGGGCCAAUCGGCGACUCGCUGUUUUGGACAGCUCUUGAGGCCCCCCCCCCCUUGUGUCGCCUCUCCAGGAGGUUUGCCUCCCUUGGACUAGAACAGCCAGUGCUCUAAAAUAAUUCCCCGAAACCCAUCUUGGAUCGCCUCCCUCUGCUGCUCCUCCCGAGAGAUCAGUCAGUGCUGCUUUUGCUCCAGAGGUGCUGACCCUUCUCAGUGGCUCUCUUGCUCGCUCUCUCUCUCUCUCACCUCCUGCUAUCAGCCUUUUAGAAGACACCUGAGCAUUGCCGGCCAGCAUCCACACCCGAUCCCUCCUCCAGAGCAAGGUCAUCGGAACCAGCCAAUAUUGACCGUUUUCACUCUUGUCCGGGGGGUGGGGGGAGGAAGGCGGCUCGGUCAGGGUCUGCGUUCUCCCCUCCCAAGUGAGGUGCUCAUUGCCCCAGAGGAGGCUUUGUCUUCUGCCAGCCUUAACCCCUCUUCUGCCAGGCAAGGUGCUACCAGGGAAAGAGCCCCCUGGCCCUUCAACUCCAGGCUGGCUUCCUCAAGGGUGCCGUGCUGGUGCCACCCGGGGCUGGAGGGGGGGCUGCCAAAGUGGGACCGCCGGAAACCCCUUUUGUCGGCCCCGGGUCUUUUCAUUCCUUUCCGUUUCUUCCCAGGCUCUCUGCCGCACUAGUCCCCUCAGCCAGGUCCCCAGACUCUUGCCUCGGUAGGCCGAGAGGGCUGAGGUCCGUUCUCCCGCCCGUCCCCUCUUGCUUGCUUGCACAGCAGACUUACAGCUGGCGCCGGGCAAACCUCAGUCUGCCUGAGGAGAACGAGAUUGACUGGACUGCACUUCUUGGGAGCAGGAGGGGUUCUUGGUGGUGUUUUCCAGACAUAGCCUGGGAAGGAGCGUGGGGUGCCCCAUACGAAGAGGGGAUAAUGAGACAGGAGGAAUCCCAUUUCCAGGAUUUUGAAAAACGGGGGCACUGUAAGGGAACGCACACCAAAUGAUCCAUCACCUGCGCUCUUUGGAGUUGCCUUUCUUUGGCUGAGCUGUGCGAAAUGAUGGUAGAAGGGACAGGGUCAAGGGACACGGACCCUCCCCCUUUCACAGGCAUGGGGGUGGCUUGCCAGAUUUGCAGCAGAGCACUCUCCUGACCACCAGACAUGCAGGAUCGUAGGCUGUGACCUCCCGCAGCCCACGCUUGCAGCGAACCAGUCGGGCGACAGGCCAUGUAUCCCAGAGACUACGAGAGGGAAAGCAGGCUACAUCAUGGGCAGAGUUGAGGCAGCAGGGCUAGGAAAUGAAGCGGGAAGAGAUGGCCUUGGCUGCUGGAGACUUCGGGGGCGGAGAGGGUGGGGAGCCAGGCAGGGGCCCCCAAUCCUUGACUCCCUCGCUUUUUUAAAUGAACUCUCCUUAUACGAAUCCAUUGGGUGACUGUGAUUUGUAGGUGUGUGUCUUUCCCCCCUUUUUGUAGAGCAUCAAUAUAAGUGCAGAUUUAACGGUAGCAGCUUUGUACUUUGUGCAUCUCUCCAAAACAGUGCGGAGAACUAAGAGCCCUUUUCUGGACUUUUUAAGUGCUGGGUAAGGUAGAAAAGGCAAAGCGAGAUAUCUGUGUGGGAGAUUGGGGGGGGGGAUCUCCCACCUGGCGUUCUUGGACUCCCACUGUCUUCAGAGGGCCCUUUUAGUCUGGAUGCCGACACACUCCCACUUGGGAACUUCCAAACUCUUUCUGAAGAAAGAGAAAGAGAGAAGAUGAAGCUGGCCGACCAAUCUCUUCCCCCUCUCUCAUCAAGACGGAGGGAGCCAUUUUGCACACACAGCUUUCGUAACUCAGAUUGGGGCGUGCACUUUAUCCUCUAAAAGUCACAGGAUUGGCUUGGAGGUUUAUUCCUGCAGACAGACAGCAGCCAAAACAGUUGCAUCUCUCUCUCUCUCUCUUUCUCUGCUACAAGACUGCUUGGCCUUGCUUACAGAGCAACCUGAUGCAAAAAGGGGGGAUUUUAAUAACCGCGGAGAAGAUUAUUUUCUUUUUGGCAGGCAGGUCAGGAGAGAAGCUCCGCAAGUGUUAAAGGUAACAGGAUCCCCUAUUGUCUCCUUCUGCAUCCAGCCAUAACAACUUGCUUAGCUAUGAACUAUGCCUCUGCUCUGCCUUGUUGCUUUCUCAAGGAGCGCCCCCCCCCAACUCUGCUCUGGCACGCCAAACCAAGGCCGGGGCUCCCCCCUCUCCACCCACCCCAAGCCAAGCCAGGCUCCUUGUGCUCCCCGUCUUUGUUACCUGCAGGGCUCUCUUUGGAGAUCCAGGCCUUAUGCAGGAUUUCCCUCCCUCCCUCCACAGACACCGACUGCUCUUUCUCCUUUUGCCAAAACCCUGUUUCAACAAGUACAGUAAGAAUUGAUCUCUUUUUUAUUUUAUUUAACAAGGUAAAAACAGAACCACACACACACACACACACACACACAUUUAUGUCAUAUUUUUAAGAAAAGACAUUGCCAGCUUCAUGUUGGAUAUCUUGUGCUUUUAAUUUCUCUACCCCACUCUCUUUCUCU